GUGCCAGGGCUGGGGGCGGAUUUUUUGAGAAGAGCCUCAGCUCUUCAGAGCAGCGGCAGCCGCUGGAGGAGUUGGGCGGCUGUUGCUCCCUCUCCGCCCGGAGGAGGAGGAAGAGGAGGAAGAAGAGGCUUCGGCUGCCGCCUCUCGGAUCCCCCCCCUCCCCCCCCCUUCCCCUUCCGCCCCACACCUUUAUGGACGAGCGCCGGAGCUUGCUCUACUCUCCGGCCGCCUCCUCCGCCGGCCGGCAGCCGCGGGGCGGCUCGAGCAGCAGCCACCACAACCUGGGCUACACCGAGCAGCUGCCCCCCGCCGCCCCCCAGCCGGGCCCCGAGCAGCACGAGGAAGAGGGCGAAGAAGGCGAGGAAGGCAGCAUGACCGUGGUGGGAGGCGGCGGCGGCGGAGACCCUUUGCUGGAGGAGCCCCAGCAUCCUCCUGCGCUGCUCGGGGGGGAGCGCUACGAUCAGCCCCCGGCGCCGGCCCUGCCCGCCGGGCAGCCCGCGGGCGCUGGGGAGCACGAGUGCUGCGAGCGCGUGGUGAUCAACAUCUCGGGGCUGCGCUUCGAGACCCAGCUCAAGACCCUGGCACAGUUCCCCGAGACGCUGCUGGGGGACCCCCGCAAGAGGAUGCGCUACUUCGACCCCCUCCGCAAUGAGUAUUUUUUCGACCGUAACCGUCCCAGCUUCGACGCCAUCCUCUACUACUACCAGUCGGGCGGGCGCAUCCGGCGUCCCGUCAAUGUCCCCAUCGACAUCUUCUCCGAGGAGAUCCGCUUCUACCAGCUGGGGGAGGAGGCCAUGGAGAAGUUUCGGGAGGAUGAGGGUUUCAUUCGGGAGGAGCAGCGGCCGCUUCCCGAGAAGGAGUUUCAGCGCCAGGUGUGGCUCCUCUUCGAGUACCCCGAGAGCUCUGGGCCGGCCCGAGGCAUUGCCAUUGUCUCUGUCCUGGUCAUCCUUAUCUCUAUUGUCAUCUUCUGUCUGGAGACCCUGCCUGAAUUCAGGGAUGAUCAUGACUAUGAGGGAACUGGGGGAACCUUCGGGACAGGCAGCGGCCCUCUCCCACCUGAUGUCUUCACCAACUCCUCAUCCUCGCCUACUUCCAUGGUGUCAUCCUUCACCGACCCUUUCUUUGUGGUGGAGACUUUGUGCAUCAUCUGGUUCUCCUUUGAGCUGCUGGUCCGUUUCUUUGCCUGCCCCAGCAAGGCCACCUUCUCCAAGAACAUCAUGAACAUCAUUGACAUUGUGGCCAUCAUCCCCUACUUCAUCACCCUGGGCACGGAGCUGGCUGAGCGGCAAGGCAACGGCCAGCAAGCCAUGUCCUUGGCCAUCCUCAGAGUCAUCCGCCUCGUCAGGGUCUUCCGCAUCUUCAAGCUCUCCCGGCACUCCAAGGGGCUGCAGAUCCUGGGGCAGACCCUCAAGGCCAGCAUGAGGGAGCUGGGCCUGCUCAUCUUCUUCCUCUUCAUCGGCGUCAUCCUCUUCUCCAGCGCCGUUUACUUCGCGGAAGCCGACGACCCCAGCUCGGGGUUCAGUAGCAUCCCCGAUGCCUUCUGGUGGGCCGUGGUCACCAUGACCACCGUGGGCUACGGGGACAUGCACCCCAUCACCAUUGGGGGCAAGAUCGUGGGGUCUCUGUGCGCCAUCGCGGGGGUGCUGACCAUCGCCCUGCCCGUGCCCGUCAUCGUCUCCAACUUCAACUACUUCUACCACCGGGAGACGGAGGGUGAGGAGCAAGCCCAGUACAUGCACGUCGGGAGCUGCCAGCACCUCUCGUCCAGCGAGGAGAUGAAGAAGGCUCGCAGCAAUUCCACCCUCAGCAAGUCCGAGUACAUGGUGAUUGAGGAAGGGGGGAUCAAUCACAGUGCAUUCAAACAGGCUGCCUUUAAAGCAGGCAACUGCACGACCACAAACAAUCCCAACUGUGUGAACAUCAAAAAGAUCUUUACGGAUGUUUAAAACAAACCCAAACCAAACGAACAGCAACCAAACCCGAGGAUGCGGUAAAACAAUACCAAUAACAAUACCAAUAAUGAUGCAAAGUGACUGUGUGUCGGUGUUGUGUGGAACAUGCACCAUCGUCGGUCCUGUGUGUGCCCUCGUUUUUAUACCUUUAUUUUUUUAGAUCCUUCCUUUCUAAAGAUCCAAAAGUAAAAGGAUUUAAAAUUCUCUGAAGAAGAGGACAGCUAAAGGGUAAAGAGAAGGAAGAUGAAGACAAACCACACUCACUGUCAAAACAGGUGUUUGUUCUGCAACGUGUUGCAGGGCUGCUUUGCUUUUUGGGCUUUUGGGGAACCUCUUGCUUUGCUCCUGAAUUUCCCCCUCUUUCCCUAAGGGCAGUGUGUAGCCAAUCUCCCUUCCAUCACAUAAAAUUACUUGUUGGAUUAACGAACUCGGACUGGGUGGAGGAGCGAGGAAAACAUGAGGCAGAGUGUGCUGGGAGGGGGCUGGGAGGAAAUAACCAUUUAAUUCUGCAGAGAGUCUCUGUUACCACAUCGUUAAAUGAUGCUUAAUAUUGAAACGUGUGAUGUGCCAUUACGGGCACAUCCCAGAUUCCCCUUUUCUCCCCAUUAGAUCAUUUAUGAAAUUCUAAUCUGGUCAGAGACCGAGAGCAAUCAAUGCCGAUUUAUAUAGAAAAAAACCUCCCUAAGCCUUCGUUUUCUAUUCUGAACUCCCUUCCCCUGUAACCUGAUGGAAUUAUUUCCUCCAAUGUCACGCCUGUGGCCGUGCAGCAGGGAUGUGUGCGGGAGGAGGGAGAGGAGAGGCAGACGGGAAUAUUUUCGGGAGCCGCCGGCGCAGGGAGCGAUGUCGGCUCGGAGCAGGAUCCACGCCGGGCUCCUCCUGUGGCUGGGAGCCUCCAACCCGCCCAGCCGCAGACAAAGGGAUAUUUCCUCCUCGUUUUGCAAAGCCUUUGGAGGAGAUGCAGCCGCUUAUCACCAGAAGAUUAAAGUGGCGAACACGCCUUCCAGCGGAAGUCACUAAUUCCGACCGGAGUGAUGCAGUUGCCAUGGUGACCAUGGUUUCCUGGGAAACCCCCAAAGGUUGUCAUGGCAUCCCUUCUCUCUCCCAUCCCCCUUGGUCCUUGCUCAUCCCGCAAAAAUCCUUUCCAGAUGGUUCCAGCUCCUCCAUCCCACAAGACAUCGUGGCUCUGCACCCCCUUCGUGGUUCCUGUCCCGCUGCUCCUCCCGUGUGCCCAACAAAGCAUCCACAGGCAAUAAGCACCCCCAGAUCCACCUGCCCCUCACCUUGGCAGUGAAAUCUGGGGAUGGAGGUUCAUCCUGCUCCACCGAGAACGACCCCAAACCCAGUGGGAACUGGCACCGAGCAGCUGCCGGGAAGCUUGGCCAGGGAACCUCGGCAGCUUUGUGAAAUAAGGGGGACAGUGAAAAAUCAGGAUUGAAAAAUAACCAAAAAUCCAGCUGGGAAAAAUCACCGGCUUCAUCUUCACGUGUAUGCCAGGGGCCAUGGGACAUCUGACGGGAUCAGAUCACAGAAGAAGUUUUGAAAUGAAGAUCUUCAGGACUGUGUUGAGAAAUAAAACAUCUCCAAGGAAAGGACAAACAUCCCCAACAUCCCCAACAUCCCAACACAGCGACCGACGCUGCCGUGGACCCCACUGACAGAGGGCCUGUCCUUCCCAGCUAAACCCAGCCCAUAUUUCAUAUAUAUAUAUUUAUAUAUGGGAUAUUCCCCACUUUGUCUGUGUCCUCUAACAAGUGCAUUAUGUAGAAGGGAACAUCUUUGGAGCCAGAUUGUCUUCAACUCAUGUGCAAUAUAACAGGACUGAGCAAAGCCAGGAGAAAGGAGGAGGAGAGGUAGAAGUCACUUGGACAUUAUUUCAGUGUUUUUUAAUACUAUUUUAAAAAAUCUCUUGAAAGAUGAAGUAACCAGAAGGAAAUGUUAAGCAGAGCUGCUAAAACUCAGUCCAAGUGUUUUCUCGGGGUGGGAGGGAGUGGGGGGGAAUUUGGUUGCUGUCUCUGUUCCCUGGUGAAGGCCACGGGCUGUUCUCAGCUCUUGGAGAAUCAUUCCUGUUCCAUUUUUCUCACUUUCCUGGAAAUGCCCUUUAUAAGUAGCUCUGUGCUGUACCAAAGGCUGUGAUUUACUUUAAGUCCUUAUUUAGAAAGAAACAUCUCUGCUGGUGCUGAGGAAAAGGGUGUCGAACAGUUGUGCCUUGCUAUCAGAAUCACUCCACAAAAAACUAAGGGAAAAUUGGAUUUCCAGGCUAGAAAAAGUCUAAAAACCCAGUUCUUGGCUGACCAUGCUCCUGCUCCCUUUCAUGAGAGCCUCUCUGCCUUGGUCUGCACUUCCACAGUACCCCAAUUUUAUAGUGCUGCCUUGCUAAUUCUGUAAUAAUUGGGAAUUCCAUCCCUCCUUUGUCCACUGCUGUUUCAUUUUGCACACUGAGGGUUUUGGUGGCAGAUUUAGAGCUGUGGGUUACCCAUAUUGGGCUGGGAAGCUCUUAAAGCUGGGCUUUCUGUAACCUCACUGUGUUUCCUAGGACUGCACGGAUCAAUAUUAUUCUGGUGCCACAAGAUAAAUGGUCUGCAAAGGGAUAAGUGAUGUGCAAAGGGAUAAAUGCAAAUGGCAGAGGGGUUGAUGGUCUCUCCUGCUUCUGGCUCCCCCUUUUCCCCCUCCCCAGCCUCAUCCACCCACUCAUGCUGCCUCCAUCCCAGCCUGGGGACUGAAACCCUCCCAGCUCAGCCUCCAUCAGAGUGAAACUUGGAACAGCAUUGGAUUUAAGGGUGAAAAUAAUGUUGGAGAGACUCAGAUGAGCCCAGGAACCUCUUUGUCUGCAUUGCAAUAAUUCCUGGGAAUGGUUUGGGAAUGUUUAUUUGGACUGGACAGAACCAAGGGAGCUGGAGCUUCCUCUGAAGCAGAGGCUGCUCAAGGAGAGGUAACAGGAACCAAAAUUAUUGUGUGUGAAACAGACCCAGGUACCUGGAAGGUGGAACAAGGACCACUCAUCCAGAGGGAAGCACCAAAACCCGGAUCCUUCCCCCCCAGAGGAGCUGUUUGCCUGCAUUUCACACAGAGCAUCCACAGGAGACACGAGGGGGAUGCCUGGAGGCACAGCCCCAGGGAGGAUGCACUGAAACCACCCCCUGGAAGCAAGGCUGGAGAUGGGAAAACUCGGGAAUGUACAAGGCAAAGCAGCCAACUGUCUGCACCACGUUUCUUGCAGAAGGGCUUUGAAGAUGAAUGAGAGCCUUGCAGAAAAACUUCAGCUGAAAUUCGGGGUGAGAGAUUCCCUUAAUGCUGGGGAAUGAUGUGACUCUUGCAAGGAAUGUGUCAGCUUUGGUGAGGUCGUGUUUAUUUUGUUUGUUUUUUAAACAUGGAUAAUUUCUUGGCUGGAAUUCCUCCUCCUGCCACGGCAGGUGCAUCUCUGCUGGUGGAGACUUUGUUCCUGGCAGAAGGGCUUGGGGGGCCCAAGCACAGAGAUCUCCAGGGCUCUGCACAGGUGCAGGUUGGGCAGAAUGGGCUGAGAGGGUGAAAAGAAGCAAAAGUGUUAAACCCAGCAGUUUUUGUCAAUUUAAUCAUUUGGAGAAUGAAGAGCAAAUAUGGAUCUGGCUCUCAGCAGGACAUUGCUCCUCUUGCAUUUAUUCUCAGCAUGGAAGGAACCCCGUGGCUGCUGAAGCUGCGGGUAAAUGGAGGAGACACGGCUGCUGCUGCUGGCACCUGGAUUUACCACGGCUUUAACAGCACAGGGAGAUUGGGAUCGGGGACCAGGAUUGCUGGAAGGCCUCAUGGAGCAGGUCCCUGAGCCCACGGGGAUGAGCAGGGGGUGCCGGGGAUCCGCGGAGGUGAAACAACGCGCGGUGCGAAAUCAACGCGGUGUGAAAGCAGCAGCACAAAUUACAGCUAAUUAGAGCAGUGGCUCUCAUUAACUUGGUUUGGCCGUGCCCUGCCCGGGGGACAGCCCGUGGUGGGGGCGGGCACAGGGAGCUUCUCCACGGGAUCUUCCAGCAAAUUGCUCCUGAGAUGCCCCGGCUGUGGCAGCGGCCAGGACCGCAGCGUUGGUGCCCUCCGGGUGUCCCCCUGUCCCGCAAGAGGAGCUGUGUCCCCUGCCUGUCUCACCCCAGCACUGAAAUGAAUUAUUGCUCGGGCCAUCAAAUCUCAGAGGCCUUAAACGACCCCUUUAAAAAGACCAGGAAAAGUGCCCGGUGUUUGGGGUGAGGGCUGGAAUUCCCAAGCGCUCCUCCCCAUUGCCGCGGAGGGAGCUGCUGGCAGGCUGGGGGAGAUGGAGCUGGCCCUUUUUUGGGACAUCUCACCUCCCAAACCCCUAAGGAGCUGUGAAACACAUUUGUUUGCAGCCUCCCUGCAGCGUGACAGGUUCUCCGUGUGCUCUUGAGCCUGCAAAGGAGACUGAACAAAGCUUUAGCAGCUCAGAAAUGGUGAGAGACUGACCCCAAACCCAUUUUCCACCGCCCUGAUGGAUUUGGGCUGCCAACAGCCAAACCCCCACGAAAGGAGGGGGACCCCAGGCUGCCCACACAGGUAAGAGCACAUUAACAGGAGGAGAAUUGAUUUUCUGGAUUGAAGCACAGACUGGAUCUUGGGAAGCCCUGGUCCCAAAGGUGUUAUAUUUAGUUUCUUUUGGAACAUGAUCUAGUAGCCCUUAAAAUGAGGGAUAGAAUGUAUCAGUACUAAAGUUAUUUUUAUUUUUCACCAGUCUUACAGAGAGCUUUUUUAUGGUGUGUGUGUUUGUAUGUGUGUGUGUGUCUGUAACAUAAUUAUACCUCGUCUGUUUUCAGUAGCCACUUGUUACGACAUCUCUCUGCUAGGGCUCAAAACUGUAUUUUGAUUAUUAAAGUGGUGGGAAAACCCGUCCCCACCUCCCAACCAUCUCACACUGAUGACAAUCUUGCCAAAUGCCACCUCUCCUCGGUGUUGUACAUUCUGGCGCUGACGUCGCUCCGUGCUCUCGGGUUCCUCGUGCUUGGUCGCUGAGCCAGCUGGGUGUCAAUGUGCUUUUCCACAAUAAUUGAGAGUUUGAUAGUCUCUAGCUGUCAGUCCAGUGUAUCAAUCUGUGUUGCCACCACCCUGAGCCCAGCCUGGUGCGUGUUGCUGAUAACCAUCGUGCCGGGACAGCCAUGGCAGCGGGAGCGCAGGGCCGCGCUUGGCAAGGGAAGACAAAUUAAAAAUGUAUCCAGUCGAUUAAAAAAACAAAAAAAGGGAGCGAUUUAAUGAUGGCUGACAUCAAGAGAAGAUCCAAAAAAUAGCGUGCUUUGAUUCCCAUAAUCAUCCCAAGGCAGGCUGCUCAUCUUUAUUCAUAGCCCUUCAAAGCUGUGCUCCGAGACGCCGGAGCAGCUCGGAGCUGUCGUGCUCAGACAGAGCUCUUUAGAUGCUGAACACGCACCAACCCUUCCCCUUUUAAUUUUAGGGUGCAAUUAAAGUGAUGAGAGCUCUGCUGUGGGCUCCGUGCUGGCAGAGAGGCAGGAAAAGCGGAUCUGGGGAGCUGGGCUGGCGUGGGGUCACGUAAAGCCGCUUCUUUAAUGACAUGUUUUAAGCUGGUUUAAGAAAGCAGCAAAAUUAGAAAGCAAAAGAUCUCCAAAAGUGUUUUAGGACACUAACGAAGGCUCAGGGGACACAGCACAGGGACAGGGCUUAGCAGUGAGGCUGGAAUGGGCUGUUGGAGGCACUGAGGGGGUACUGGGAAGCUGCUCUGCCUGCUGGAUUUGGGGGAAAAGUCAGGAUUUGGUGAGGCCCUGGCACAGGGUGCCCCAUCCCUGGCAGUGUCCAAGGCCAGGCUGGAUGGAGCUUGGAGUAGUCUGGGAUAGUGGAAGGUGUCCCUGCCCAUGGAAACAGGAUGAGCUGCCCUUUCCAGCCCAAAGCACUCUGGGAUUCUAUCAAUUUGUGAUUCUGUGAUUCGUGCAGUCCCACCCCAGCCUCCAGCCCCUUUCCACAGGCAAACCCCUGCAGGACUGACAUCUCAGAACCCAGCCUCGAGCAUGCUGGAGGCUUCAUUGCCUCACACACUUGGGUGUUUUCUGAGCCAGCUGUUCAAACGCUGUUAUUGCUACUGAAUCCUUUUAAAAUUAAGGAAUUUCUGAGACGGAGUUUUUCUUCCCUGAGUGCUCCCCACUCUCCUGCAUUGCACAAAUCCAGCUGGAAGUCUGUCUCUCAACCUGAGAUUAAAGCCAAGUAGCAGCUCUGGGUGAAUUAAAUUGCACAUUCUAAUCUCCAUAUUUCCCACCAGCCUCUGAUACAGGUAAAUUAUGUUUCUUUUUCCCAUUUUUCCUGCUUGGUCCACAAUGAUGCCAUUAGUGCACCAGUAAAGGGAAUGGCCUGAGAUUGUUCUGAGUGGUGUUGUCCUUAACACAUCUCUGACCAUUGCAAGGCCAGGCACUGCUGCUGGGUUUUAAUGCAGAAUUCCUGUUCCAGAGGAUGAUUUCACAGCAGGGACAAUUUGUGUGGCAACACCCAAGUCAUGGAUAGAGCUGGAAUGGUGAAUCAAAAGGUGUUAAGUGGAAAUGUAGUCAGGAAGUGCCUGAAAUAUUGGAAUUUUAAUGGAAAACUGUGUUGGCUGCCAUUGGUGCACUGAAGUUAGACCUGAUUUUCCCAAGUGCUCAGGUGUUGCAGGAAAAUCACCCUUGCUGCUGGAGGUCAGGGACUCAUGGCUGAAUUUGGCACCUUGCAAGGAGAUCAGGCUCUUAAUUCAUCACCUGAGACCAAAAUGUGGCAAAAGGGAGGCUUUGCAUCGUCCUCCAGCACAGCAGCAGCUCGUGUUUCUUAAUUUCCCAUCCUUUACUAUGCAACUGAUUUUCAUGGAAUCUUCCCAGGAUGGAGAUGGCUGGAUAUAGUUUUGACUUUGCUUUCCUUCCUUCACAUGUGCAAGUGGGUAAUGCAGAAAUGUUUCCAUGACUGUCUCACCUGGGGCAUGCACCGGGUCUAUGAACAGUGAAAUAUUGGGAAAUUCUGUGUCAGUCUGAACUUGUCUGUAAAUCUUGACUAACCAGUGCCACAGGAGCGAUGCAAUUUUGAACUGGAGAUGUUAAUGCAGUCUUGUUACUCUGAGUUCAUUUUAAAUUCUGGUUUUGCCAGUGAGCUGUGUUGCAACUGUUUAAAACUUGGUUUUUUUAUACCAGUCUGAUGCUAAAACCAGCUGCUGCAUCCCCUUGUCCUGGUGACUCCACCAUGGUGUGGGCCUUGUGUUCAAUUUCUGGUUAAAAAAAAGUGAUUUUUUUUCAGUUGCGUGAUUUUUUUUUACCUGAUGUUGAAUUUAUUUUUAAAUUUUUUUCUCUCAUUAGAACUUGAAACUGUUCUUUCAUACGCGAAGUUCAAUAAAACGGCUGAACUGCA